GUCAGCCCGGGAUCGGCACCCGGCGCAAUAUCACAGAGUACAUCAAGGAACACUUCAUGCUCAUCAAUUUCAUCAUCCUGUUCAUCGUCUUUGCAUCCGUUAUCGCAUACAUGUAUAACGACAUGCGGGAAAGCAGGGGUCCGCCAGUGUGGGACCCCCACAUGCAGGACAGGUACCCAUUUCGAGACUGGACUCGCGACGUUAUGCUGUGCAAGGCCCUCCUUAGGUUCCAGGCGGAGCCCCGGGAGAGAAUCGACGACUUGCUCACGAGAUUCGACAUCGUCCGGCACAGGGCGGAAUCCGACGGAGGGAAGGGCAAAGGAAAACUGCCAAACCAUGGCAAGACGUCUGUAAACGCAUUUCUCGCCAAUGCCCAUCAUGCGGGCAAUCUCGGCAGCAUCUUCCUGAGCAAGGGCAAAGGCAAGGGGAAACACGCAAAAAGCAGCGGUCUCGGUUUCGGCCGCCGCAAGAACCCAAAAGACCGCAAUGGAGUGACCAUGAGGUGCCAUGGAUGCGGCAGCGACGAACACUUAGUCAAGGACUGCCCGCGCCAGUCUUCCCCGACGUUGUUGACAGGACCGCCACAACGGAGUGACGGCGCCGUGGGCUACGGCGGCAGCAGCGGCAGCGGGGCGAACAACUGGUACGGCUUGGUUGAGGGAUCGGUACCCUCUCUACCUCCACCCGUCGACUUCGAAAACGGCCCGCUGGCAGGCCUCAUCCCUGAGGUCAGCAGUGCAGCAACCCACGUGUUGAUGAUCGGACCUGCGACGACCCCGCAGGGCUCGGACCAGUCAGAAGGCUACGAGUCGGCAACUUCGCAACAAGGCUUCGCAGGCAGCCCUGGGGCAGCGUCUGCCGGCGCUGCUGCUCCAGCUGCGCGCCCAGGGCCGCGCGCGCAACCCGUCCAGGCACCGAACAUCGUCCGAGCAGGCGACCUCUCGUAUGCCGUGAUCCCAGGCGCACAGGUCGUCCAGACGAUCCCUGCCGCUCCACAGGUCGAUCUGCCCAGCUUCACACAGCACGAGUCCUUCUCCUACUUGCUCGCCGGCGAAGGGAGGCCUUUCCAGGCCAGCGAUCAGCUUACUCCUCUCUGGAGCGGCGCCACUGGUGGAUUCGCACCCUCAACCUUGGACCCUGGACAACGCGAGGCCACCGUUCACCAGCACGAGGUGGAGACUUGGAUGGCCACGCCAGAGUGGGAACGCCCAGCUCCCGCAGUUGGCCUCGCCGCAGCGCCGAUGCGGAACAUGAGCGAUGAGCAGGAGCAGAUGCUGAGCAGCUUGAGGAUGGUGCAGGAGUGCGCUGAGGAGCAGAGGAGGAUCAAGGAGAUGAAGGGUAGGAGGAGGCCCCCACGCCCAACUGACCCGCUACCAGACAUGCCGGCAGAGUUGGCAUCGAUGCAGGAUAAUUUGCGAGCUCGCCAGUCCCUCGGCCAGGACUACCUUGGUGAUAACUCGCAGUGCUCUUUCUGCUUGAUGGAUUUUGGGCACGGGGAGGUCGUGACUCGUCUUACUUGCAGGCACCUCUUCCACAGCGAGUGCUUGCAGGUUCAGAUUCAUCGGCCCACAGGAGUCCACUACCUCAGCAGCCUCAUCCGGGCCAGCACCACGACCAGGCGGAGCGGCUCCAACGUUGCCAUGGACACCGGCGCCGAUCGUGGCCGGGAGGCGGCUCAAGCAGCCCUCAACGCAGGCUACGAGCCGAAACAGACCAAGUUAGAUUGCCCCCUGGAGAUCCAAGGCGUCGGCCACGGCACGCAGAAGGGCGAGUACAAGGCCACCGUCCCCGUAGCCUUCAUGACGGAAGAUGGUGUCGCCACGAUGUUCAAUUACGAGGUCCCUCUCAUCGACAAGAGCCCCAAAAACGGCAUGGGCCACCAGCUCCCACUGAUCGUAGGCCUCAGGUCGUUGAAGGACAAGCGUGCUGUCCUGGAGCUGGAGGACGGCAAGGAGAUGAUGACCUUUCCAGGCCCUGGGGGCUAUACUAUUCAGUGGAGCCCCGGCACGGUGAGAAUCCCUAUGGAGCAGGGUCUGUCUGGGCAUCUGAUGGUAGGCGAUCCGCCCAAAGUUGGCGGUGGCAAUCUCGAGACUAUGAGUUGGACUAUCGUUAUUGAGAUGGAGUGUGGUAUCAGUACUGUGCUCACAUCUUUGGGCUAUCGUGUGCAACGUCACAACCACAUGGCCGUGAAUACAGGAAGUACCGGCGAUAUCUCCAGCAUGAUCAAGAGCAACAAGGUCAACCUCUUCAUAUCUCAAUACCCCAUUGUGGGCUUCAACGAGCGCGUAAGACAGAAAGCACGACUCCAAGCUAUGAAAGAACGUGGGGAGACGCCAAACAAACGAAAAUUCACCAUCGAAAAGCAUUACGACGACUGCGGAGAAGAUCUCCGUGGACUUGGCACGGAUUAUGCGGCCCUGGGAGCGGACUACUUCGUCGAGCUCUGCGACUUUGGCGGCUCGCAGGGCGACCUGGGCAUAGGCAGCUCUUACGUUACGACGGUGGAUCGGCACCACCCUGGUUACAAGCAGAACGUCACGACGGUGGAUCGGCACCAUCCUGGCGACAAGCAGUGCGUUACGACGGCGGAUCGGUGCCGCCACUGCCGGGUGGACGCCGGCGUGUCGCACCCUGUUGCGGCGACGUACACGACCUACGUUGCAGACGACCUCUUCGAGACGCAUGCGGAAUCCACAUCUUUAGCACUAUGGCCGGCCACGAACCCAGUCGCCGACGCUCAGCCACAACUGGCCGACGGCACUGACCUUGCAGCAGACGACGAACAGCAAGCCCGCAACAUGGAGGCCAUGAGCAUGGAGGACAAGGCGCCAGCUGCAGGUGAGGUCGUGGACGACAAGACCGAGUCCACCCUGUUACAGGCGCUGUGGACAGCGUGGAUUGGCAUCCACGGCCCUAUGGAACAAUUGGUUGUUGACGGAGAGGGCGGUCUCAACAGCGACCGGGCCAAGGCCACGCUCAAGGCUGAAGGCAUUCAGCUGAUCACCAGAGCUCCCGGGCAGCACGCCCACACAGCAGAACGAUCUGGCCAGAUGCUCCGGCUCGUGAUCCACCUGAUCGUAGAGCAGAUGGUCAAGGAGGGCAUCACCUUACCCAUCAAGAUCGUCGUGAGCCAGGCGUUCUUUGUCAUGAAUGCCAUUUACGGGAAGAACGGUUGCACUUCUUAUCAGUGCGUCUAUGGCCGGCAGCCCCCUAUGCUGCCUCCGAUCCCCGGCACGGGCUCCACAGACAGCGCCGACGGACGACAGGAGCAGAGGGUCCGACAGAUCGCUAUCAACUCGUUUGUGCAGGCUUCCGCCCUAGCUCAGACGAGACGGGCUUUGUCUGGCAAGUCGAGCAGUAGCGGACAGUGCAUGUACCAGCCAGGUGACUACGUCGACUACUACCGGCGGAACGCCGAUAAAGACACGUCUGGCUGGUAUCAGGACGUACGUCACACCUUACACCUGACCUUCCUCACGCAGUUGGUGCACUUCAGUGGCAAGGACGACCGCGCGCGAUCAAAGAUGUUGGCAAUCGUGCUCAAUCGCGCCGAAGCCCUACGAGGCGCGCAGCAACUUGUGGGAGCGCUCUACGACACGCAGACGGUGAUCCCGGAGGGCGAAAACGAGUCAGACGCCCAUCCGGAAUCUGAAGCACUCGCAGUGCUCCACGCGUACUUCCAGACCGACGCAGACGGCAAGUACGACGCCUCACUGCGUGAGGCGGCGCUCCACAUCUACAUGUACGGCGAGGACGUUAGCACGUACCAGCAUUACCUCACAGCCGGAUUGCCCGUGAAUGCCUAUAUGACCCACAGCCAGAUCGACCAAAGCGGCAACCGCGGCGUCGAGAUGUACCUCUCGAAGGAGUUGUCCAAGCUGUCAUUGGACCGCCCGUUCCAGGAGGACGAGUUCGUCUCGAUUCUGAUUUACGUCGCCGGCCCGUCGCGCAAGGCAGUGGUUACUGACCAGGACGUUCUGACGAAGGACGAGCUGAAGAAAUACCACGCCGAGGUGGGGCACAACUCUGACGGUGAGCUCCACAUCAUGUGCGGCAAGCACGUGGACGAUCUCAAGGUAGGUGGUGAGAGCCAUAUGGUGCAGAAGCUGCGCACUUCUUUGGAGGCAGUGUUCGGAAAACUCAAGUUCAGCCUUAAGAAGUUUACCAACGUCGGUAUUCGACACGUGCAGCACGAAGACGGCACCGUUGAGACCGACCAGACAGAGUACGUGAACGCCAUCCAGACCAUCCCGCCGGAAGUGUACAGCGGGAGGCGUGGCGACGAGAAGUGCACUGAGCAGCAGAUGUCUAUGUUGUGGUCCUUGGUGGGUGCUCUUGGUUACGCCAUGAUCACACAGGUUCACAUGCUUGUGUACACUGUUUCACUGCAGCGACAGCAACGUGAUGCUUCGAUCAUUCAUUUGCGGCGCGCCAACGCUCUUGUUCGCCACAUGCAGCGGUGCCCGCGGACCUUGCGGUACAGAGCCAUGCAGUGCAGUAGACAGCUGCAGGCAUUCUCAGACAGUGGUUUUCGCAAGGAAGAAGACAAAGGCUACGGCAUGAGAGGUGCCAACUUCCUCCGUGUUGGCGUGGGCCCGACUGGUGCGCAGGUGUGCCAUCUGAUCGACGCCCAGUGUCGCAGCCGCAGGCGGGUCACGAGGAACACCUUCAGCAGCGAGCUGUUUGCUGGAUGUGACGCUGUCGAUGAUCUCAUGAGUCACUGUUUGGCACUGCGCGAGAUCACCCAGGGACCCCAAUCGAAGCAGCACACUUUGACCAUGGUUGAACAUGGCCGCUUGGUUUUCGAUACAAUUUUGGUUAUCGACGCCAUGUCAGUCUUCCAGGCGGCGUCCGCGAUCGUCAUCAAGGAGCCUGCUGAGAAGGGCUUGCUGCCGCACCUGCAGUACUUGAGGGAAAAGCUGGACAUGAAGCAGUUGAGCGUGUUUCGAUGGGCUGACACCCGCGACAUGAACAGCGAUGGCCACACCAAAGGGUGCAUACCGCGAGAUGCUAUUACCUUGGCUAUGGAUGGUUAUUUCAAGUACGACCACGAGUACAAGGACUUCGUGCCGAAGGUCCCGUACCAGACGAACGCCGACAAGCAGCAGAAGACUGUGCACUUGGCCAAGUCUUACCACGACCCGACUACUGGAGACACGGAAGUGUGGCGAGGCAUCUUCGCGGAUACGUACCGGAAGUAUUGUCCUGAGAAGCUCAAGGACAUCGAGUUCUUGUUGCGGAAGUACCACGGGUACGAGCGGGAGUGCCACCAGCGCAUUCUUGUGAAGUACGCUGGCGAGACCCGCGGCGACAAGCCGAACCACGAGCUGAUGGAGAAUCAGUGUAGAAUCUGCAAAGGAUUGGGGCAUUGGGGCAACGACUGCCCGUUUCGCACACCCGGUGUGGGAACGACGGCAAAGGCCAAG